CUUGGUGUCCUGGUGUGUGCAUGUCGUCGUGGAUAUUGCGGAGGCGUGGAGAUGUCGCAAGCGUGAGGUGGUGUGGUUCUCACUCUCCUUCUCCGGACACGACAGGUGCAUUCCGUCAUACUCCUGUCACCGCAGCCUGUCUUCAACUUUAAUAUGUCCCCCUCUUCUCCUCAGCCGCCCUCCUCCUUCAUUCUUGACCGAAACCCAUAUCCAACUUGAAGAUGGCUGGGGAAGUCAUUGAUCGUCCCAACCCUCAGCCGCUGCCCUCCCACGUCCCCGACGAUGUCUUCGACGCCCUCGCCGUCAAGCUGGGCAAGGAAACACUGCCCGAGGAUCACAAUGCGCAGUUCUCUGCAUUUCGCAAGGCUGCCUGCUACAUUGCAGCUGCCAUGAUUUUCCUCAAGGACAAUGUUCUUCUGGAACGUGAUCUUACCUUUGACGACAUCAAGCCGCGCUUGUUGGGUCAUUGGGGCACAUGCCCUGGUUUGAUUCUCGUAUAUUCGCACUUGAACUAUCUUAUCAGGAAACAUGACUUGGACAUGAUUUACGUCGUCGGACCCGGCCAUGGUGCCCCCGCUUUGCUGGCCUCCCUGUGGCUCGAGGGAUCCAUGGAGAAGUUCUUUCCCCAAUACAGCCGUAACAAGCAAGGCCUACACAACUUAAUCACCAAGUUUUCAGUCACCGGCGGUCCUCCUAGUCACAUUAAUGCCGAAACUCCAGGCGCUAUCCACGAAGGCGGUGAGCUUGGCUAUGCUCUUGCUGUCUCCUUCGGUGCAGUCAUGGACAAGCCAGACCUUAUCGUAACGUGCAUUGUCGGCGAUGGCGAGGCCGAGAGUGGUCCGACUGCCACUGCGUGGCAUGCCUACAAGUACAUUGACCCUGCCGAAUCAGGCGCCGUCCUUCCCAUCGUGCACGUCAAUGGCUUCAAGAUCUCGGAGCGCACCAUUUACGGUUGUAUGGAUAACAAGGAACUUGCGGCGCUAUUCACAGGCUACGGCUACCAGUCCCGCUUCGUAGAGGAUCUGAACGACAUUGAUGCAGACUUAGGCAGGUCGAUGGAGUGGGCUUUGGCUGAGAUUAAGCAGAUCCAGCAGUGCGCCCGCUCCGGAAAGCCCCUCCAAAAGCCUCGUUGGCCCGUCCUGAUUUUGAGAACUCCAAAGGGCUGGAGUGGUCCAAAGAAGGUUGAUGGAGAGUUCAUCGAAGGCUCCUUCCAUGCUCAUCAGGUCCCCCUUAUGAAGGCAAAGAGCGACAACGGCCAGCUCAAGCAGCUGCAGGAAUGGCUCGAGAGCUAUGGUCCCAAGGAGUUGUUCAAUGGCGAUGGUACUCCCAAGGACUCAGUGUUGAAGAUGAUCCCCGAGAAUCACCACAAAAAACUCGGCCAGGUCAAGGAAACAUAUGACCCAUACGUUGGUAUCAAAGUGCCGGACUGGAAGCCGUUUGGGGCCAAGAAAGGCGGGGAGGCGAGCUCCAUGAAAACCAUUGGAGACCUACUAGAUCAAGCUCUUGUCGACAAUCCCAAAUCUAUGCGAAUAUUCUCUCCUGAUGAGCUGGUCAGCAACAAACUGGACGCAGUCUUCAACCACACUGGGAGGAACUUCCAAUGGGACGAAUUUUCUCGAUUCCAAGGUGGCCGUGUCAUUGAGAUCCUGUCUGAGCAUUGCUGCCAGGGAUUUAUGCAGGGCUACACGUUGACUGGACGUGUUGCAUUGUUCCCGUCUUACGAAAGUUUCUUAGGCAUCAUCCACACAAUGAUGGUUCAGUAUGCGAAGUUUGGCAAGAUGGCCAAGGAAGUCUCCUGGCGUGGAGACAUUGGCUCUCUGAACUACAUUGAGACUUCGACUUGGACGCGCCAGGAGCACAACGGCUUCUCUCACCAGAACCCCUCUUUCAUCGGUGCCGUCUUAAACCUCAAGCCCGAUGCUGCACGCGUCUACCUGCCCCCAGAUGCGAACUGCUUCCUUUCUACUCUUGCUCACUGCCUUCGCUCCAAGAACUACAUCAACCUCAUGGUCGGAUCAAAGCAGCCAUCCCCAGUUUUCCUUUCCGUGGAGGAAGCAGACGCCCAUUGCCGCGCCGGAGCUGGUGUCUGGAAAUUUGCCAGCACGGACGGUGGUCGCGACCCAGACGUCGUGAUAGUUGGCAUCGGCGCCGAACUGACGUUCGAAGUGGUCAAGGCGGCCGAGCUGUUGCGGGAGCUGGUCCCGGCGCUACGUGUGCGCGUAGUCAACGUGACAGAUCUGAUGGUGCUGUCAUUGGACGGAAUGCAUCCGCACAGUCUCUCAGACCAAAGCUUCAACUCGCUUUUCACGUCCGACAAGCCAAUCCACUUCAACUACCACGGAUACCGCAAUGAGCUGGCGGGGCUGCUGUUCGGGCGCAACCAGCUCAGCCGCAUCAGCAUCGCGUCGUACCGCGAGGAGGGCUCAACGACGACGCCCUUCGACAUGAUGCUCGUGAAUGGGGUCAGUCGGUAUGACGUCGCGCUGCGGGCGCUCGAGGGCGCGUCUCUACAUAACGAGGCAGUGAGGGUGGAUUUGGUGGACAAGGCAGCGGAUGUCAAGCAUCGCAUCAGUAAGACGAAGGCGUAUAUUUUGGAGCAGGGCAAGGAUCCGGAGGGCACGUAUGAUGUGCCGGCGUUUGAGGGGUUUGCGGCGGGGUGAUGUAUGAGGGGUAGGGGCAGGAUGGAGAUGAUUGAUGAUUGAUGAGUAUGAGUACCUAACGGUUCCAAUGACACCUUGACGGUUAACGGUGAUGAUGGUUGACGACAAGUAGUACCUAGGUUGCGGGUCGCGGGCGGGUGGGCGACAGGGGCCUCGGCUGGGCACGCGCUUCGUUUUGGCGGCGGCGUUGCGGCGCCAGGGCCAGGGGCCAUGGGGUGUUUCAGGUGUCAAAAAGGCAGAGUCGCAGACUCUCCAGCCAACUGUCCUCUGCUCGAUCUGCGAGGAUCAGAGCAGCAGAGAAUCCGUGGGC